AUGAUCGUGCGCACCGCUGCUCGUCUCUCUGCCCGAUGGCCGGCAGCGCUGCUGGCAGCCUCUCGUGGGUUACCUUCCUCGGGUGCGUGGAUGCCUCGUUGGAGUGCAUUCUUCAAUGAACUGCAGCUGCAAGAAGAGUCGCACAGAGGCGGCACAGACAAGGCGAGCAACACGAGGUUUGACGCGGUGCCGGCGCCGCUGCUUAGGUCCAUUGCUCAGCAUUGGGUAGAUGAAGCGCUCCUUGAGGUGGCAUCCGCCCGUCUCGCCGAGGUGUACCCGCCUGCGCACGCAAACGGCUUGAAAGGGGUGUGCGAGGCUGCAGUGACCCCGUCGGAAGGGCUGGAGUCGCUACUGGCCACGUGGAGUGCACACAUGCUGCUCUCCGUACUUCACGCACCGCGCCAAGCAUCGAUCGCCGCACCAUUACACAAGGUGCAGAGCUGCGCGUAUGCAGCACCCGACACCGUCAGCGCAGUGCUGGCGGACUGUCUGGGAAAGGACAUAGCCCCUGUUCUCCGCUACCUGACCGCGUUUGCAACACCACCGGUGUCCAAACCUACGUCACAUCAGAGCCAUCAUUUGGCCGCAUCAACGCGCGUUUUACGGCACGCGCUGGUGCUGCUCCUCUACAGUUUCGUGACGACGUGGCGUGGGGCGCCGCCACGUGAAACGCCGCCCCCUCCGGGGGCGAUCGCGUUGACAAGAGAGGAGCGCGCCCUGGCGCUGGAGCUUUGCCGUUGCGUUGCCGCGCUCAAUGAAAGCGAUACGGGUUCGGAGAGCAUCGCAACAGGAGAACGCCGUGGCGAUACCAGCGCACAAGCUCACUCGCGUGAUGCUCGUGCAGAGGCGACGGGGUCACACGUCACCUCGCUGGAGGCGGUAACCGGGGCUCAAUUUGCGCUUGUAAGGGAUGCCCUUGCGGACAUGCUGGCCCCUGAUCACCACAGCGACGGCAGCGCGGCGAGCACUCCUGUUCGCGCGAGAGACUCUGUAGCGGGUAAUGGUCCUCUGUGGAGAGCUUGCGAGGCGUGGAUCGCUGGUGCCGUCGGCACCGCAGUGGGUGCUAGUGUGGCCCCUCCGUCUUCACCCUUCGCCGGUAUCACCGGCGUACGCAUGAAAGAGGAGGAGGCUGUCGACCUUCUCGAGCGUGUAAACGAUCAGCUCAACCAGAUUGCCCGUGGCGGCGCCGUGAACGCAGCGUCCCGCCAGUGUGGAAACAGCGCUGCGAUGCCCUGA